AUGGGAAGCAAAAGAGAUGCCCCACUUACGGUUACAUUUCCAAUCCCCAGGAAAGCGGCUAGCAAGCUUCGCACGAUGGCAGUUAGCAGAGAUCGGCGCUUGUUGGACCUCGGGGUGCUAGCUGUGCAGAUCAAUGAAGGCGAGAGCAUUGUACUAGGAAUAAAACUAGGGAAGCAAAGAAUAAAGAAAACGGAACUAGCUGCAGCGAAACUACGGGGAAACGCGAGCAGAGGACGAGUAAAGAAGGUAUCUUCUCGUAGGAAUGUAGCGACAAUUCAUCACAUGCCAAAUGAUUUCAACUCGCAAGCGUCGAUUGCUCAUGGGCUGCAAACCAUGCAAGAUUUGAGCUUUGGAAAUGAAAUGGCGAAGAGAAAGAGAGUUGUUCGGUCAGAUGGAGAUGUUGCAGAAAAUAAUUUAUUCAAAGACUCAAGCAAAACAUUGAGCAAUCCUCCCAAGAGUUGUAAUCAAUUUCGCCACGUAUCACAUUCCACAACCUCGUCAAUCGCAAGUUCAUUGAGUGCGCAUUCGAGUUCCGCCGAUUUGUCAUCACAUCUGAGUAAGCUCAAGAACAAUUCACAAGACAAUAGCGGCCUUGCCCCGGAGGAGGGCUUAAUAAACUCUGGAUCAACUAUGCAGAAAACGUUGCAAAAACCGUCAGGUAGUCCAGCUUCGGUUCUAUCGAGAAAAACCAGUGUUGAAAGCCUUGUAUCUCAUGGAGCCGUGUCCUCUCCUGCUAGUCAGAGAACUUACAGCGCCAGCCCAAGCUCAGAUACCAGCAGUACGAGCUCUGAGGAGAAUUUUGAUCUUCAUCAUGAUCAGCUGAUUUAUGACUGUUUUGUUGACAGAAGCAAAUACAGUGCUGCUGACAUACUGAAAGAACUUGCCAAGACUCAUAAAAUUAAGGAGUCGACUGUUUGCACUUCUGUAGUAAGCUUAGAAACACAUUCAUCGACAUCCACUCCUGCCAUUGCUAAAUCCAGCUCAAGUGGAAUGCAUCAAAGGAAACAGUCGAGAGCUUUAGAUACCAGUAACAACAGGAGAUCAGUAAUUACUGGAAGUUAUCGUGAACAUCUUAAGAGCAUACGUUGCAAUUCCCUCACACGUCUGACAGCUACUACAUCAACUGUUAGUGCAUCAUUAAAAACACCAGCCUCAAGCGUAGGUGAUCAGACACUCGGCCUUCAAUCUAGGGGUACCAGUAUUGAAAAGCCUCUAACUGCUGAAGACAGAAUUCAGAGUUCCUCAAACCAGCUCCCUGCUUCAGAAGAAAAUGAUUCACAGGCAAGUAACAUCAAAGCAACUUCAAGCACAAUAGCUGGGUAUCAUGGUGGACGCAAGGUGUUGUGGUCAAGCGCUAAUGCCUUUCCAAAAAGUGACAUUUCUUCUGCCCAUUUUCUCUUUAACAAAUUACCAGCAGACUUUGUUCAGGGUAGUUCAUCAAGCAACGAUAUCAUCUUGUCUUCAAAAGUACACCAAAAAGGUGCUAAAAGUAUUGUAAGAGCAAGUGUGACAAGUGAUGCAGUAACAUGGACUGAUGUUACCAAGUCAGUAUUCACAUGUACAGCAACCUCUGGCAACCUUCACACAUCAAACAAACAACCAGAGUUAGAUCAGUCAUUAAAGGGAAUGAAGACUUCGUCUGAAAGUAACGUGAUCAACAAAAUGCCGACACUGUCUACAUUUAAUUCCCAAGUAGUAGCCUCGUUGCCUGCUCAGCGAACAAGCAGUUCUCAUGUUGCAACAACUGCAAAGUCUUCAUUACCAGUAAGCACAAGUACAGCAGUGGUACAGAAUCUCACCUUAGGAAGACCGGCAGCUAUACCAACACCACUUGUUAUUGCGGGUUCUAACACACAAACCACAUGGUCCAAUCAGCAGGUUUCCCCAACAUAUUUUGUUGGAGGCCAGCGUCAAUAUGGAAUUUACUCAGCACUAUACAAUGCAGAUGUCAAUAACAACCAGCUUGGACAGCAAGCAGUUACUGCAGCUUAUCCACUAAAUUAUGUAUAUCCUCUAAGCCUUGUUUACCCUUUUCUCACGAUGGCGGCUCAAGUAAGCGACCCCAAAAGUUCAGAAAGCAGCGAAAAUGAAAAUAAAACUCUACCAGUGAAUCAAAAUGAUGUGUCUGUUAACAAGACAACAGAAACCAAAACAGAUUCUGAUGUUUCUGCAGAGAAAACAACUGUAACCACAGCAGAUUUGAAACCCACCACUAACACUGUGGCUCCCCCUCAGAUGCAAUUCAUUGACCUUGCCAGUUCCAUGAGGUACUGGCAACAGCUCAGUUUGUUGUACCGGAGUAGACUGCAAGCAUUAGCAUCUUGUAACCUGUCAAAUGUCAAGGCACUGAACUUAAAUGCAAGUCAAGUCAACCCAGCCAGGCCAGCAACAACAGUGGACGCCAAGGAAGAUACAAAAAUCUUUGUUGGUGGUGCUUGUGAGAAUGCAGUGAAGUCAAAUCCAGAAGAAAUGCCAUUAUCUAAGCCAGAAAUCUCUCAUGCAAACCCUCCUAACAAUUCAAAUUCAGAAAAGAUGCAGACCGGUGAUUUUUUCGAGGAGAAUUCCUGUUCUGAAAGCUCAAAGCAAAAAGGACUUGAAAGCAAGCUUGAAGAUAAAAAUGAGUUAAACAAUACAAACACUCAAGAGCCUACAUCUUUUGUAGUUCCAUUGUCGUGUAAAGUUUUUAUGGCAAAUGUUACUGAAACAGUGAAAAACUCAGUGAAAGUGGAUAACUCCAAACAGAUGGAGUUUGAUAGUAAUGGGACUGGUAGCAAUUCUGUUUCAUUUAGACCCAGAAAAGAUGGGGUUAGUUUGGCCAAUCCAUCUCUUGAUCAGCUUGGACAGACUAAUGAUGAAAGCCCAGAUGGAUUAGUACAGGAAAGCUUGAAACAAAAUUUCUAUGGAUCACCUCCAAAGUUGAGCUUUAUCCAUGACAGUUCUAUUGCAUGUGUGAAUGUUGGCAGCAGUAUUGGAAAUGGUCUUGGGAACACUGGAAGUAACUCUGGAGUGAGAAAAACAGGUCAGAAUUAUUUUUUUGUAUUCUGCAGAGAUGCAAUUAAUAAUUAUUUUUAUGAAAGGACUCUUGUCUAGCUUAGUCGCUUUUUUGGUGGGACAAAACAAAAAUUUGUUUGGACUCAUUCAAGAAUGCAUUACGUCUUUCAUGAAAAUUGUGCAUGAUAGUAAUGGGGUUUGGAGGUAGACUAAUUAAUUAUUGCCAUAUAUUCCCUGCAACAAUGUUAUUUCAAGGACACAACACAUCUCAAUAUGCUCAGGUUUUAUUCAUCUUCAAAAUAAAGGUCGGAACACACUAGGCAACAAUUUGUAGCAACAGAUCACUCCUCAAGUAUCACUUUAUACUGGAGAAUUUUUCUGAAAAUCUUUGUCUCAGGAACAGAAUUCUGCCUGAUUUUGUAUUUUGCAACAUGUUGCGGUGACAAAAAUUUGUUGCAGAGACAACGAUUUUCACAAAAGUUCUCCAGUACACACAAAGUGAUUUGUUUAUACGAUGAGUCGCUGUGACAUGUUGCUGCAACUUGUUGUCUAGUGUGUACUGACCUUAAUAGUCUUUGGUGUAAAUUUUGUCCCGACAUCAUAUCUGAUUACAGCUAACACUUCAUUGGACAUGGGCCAAUAUAUUUUUUUCUAUUUUGUUAGACAUAAUGUCUGAUGACUGUUUGUUAUUUGCAAAUACAGGUUAUAAAAAUAGUGCACAGUAGAAAAAAUGGUGUCUUAAAAUCCGUUUUAUUAUUUUCCACAUUUUUCCAAUGGACCAUCACCUGGAAUUUAGUUGUAAAACCCAUUUGAUUAUGCUUUGAUUAUACUUUGAAUAUGUAAUGAAAAACUCUUCAGUUUUGCAUAUUUAUAAUGUUAUGUUCUAUUCAAAAUCAUUUUGUGUAGGAAAUUUUAUCAAAAUAUUCUAAGCACUGUUUCAUCACAAUGUCAAACACAUCGCGUAAAACUGACUUUCGUUGCCUCCUGCGUUUAGAUUUAAAGUACAUGUAUUGCCUGAACUCGGUGGUGUAUAUGUGCAUAAAAACUUGCUAUUUUCUUUUGAUAUAGAUCUAAACUUUUGCCUGUAGUUGUGUAUUCUCUUUUCAAAACCGUGUGAUAAUAUGAUAACAUUUUAUCAACAGCUCAAGAUAUAUUUUUUAAAAAACAUUGUGGGGGUAGUACUCAAACUGCUAGACUGGCUAUGGAUACCUCAUUCAGGAAGAAGAUUUUUAAUUUCCAUUUAAUUUAGGCAAUAGGUCAAAACUAAAAGUAAAACAGUCAUUACACCUCUACUCACUGGUAGCUGAGGUGUUACUCAAUCAACUGGUUGUUUUGAGGAUGCCUCUGAUCUUUCCCAUAUGAAUGAAUGACUCUCCCCCCUUUUGCAAGAAUAAUAUCUUGUCAAAAUUACCACUCUCCAUCACAAUUUUCGUGCUAUUUUUGAGUCAUUUUCAGAGUGGCAAGGGGCCAUAGCUGGGUGAGCAUGUUGCGUUUUGAUUUGCAUGUAUCCCACCAAUACUCAUUCAAGUGAUUGCUGCAACAGAAUAACUUAAAAUUGCUCUGAAGUUUGCAAAAUGUGCAGUGUGAUGCAAUGAAUUGCCUUUAACACCUAGAACUUGGUGGAACAAACCCGUCAACCUGCAUGUGUGGUUAGAGAAAAAACACAGUUCUGUUGUGCUCAUAUUCUAAAUAUCUGUAAGGCGUAUAAAGCACUCUUAGAAUUUGAAUUAGUGUAGUUAGAAUAAUGUAUAAGGAUAUAAGAGGUUAAAAAUAACUAUUAUUUUGUUAAACACUUGCCAAUAAGCAUCAAUAUUGCUAGACUCUUGAUGGUUGCAGUUGGUUGUUACUCAAUUACAUGUUUGAUCAUUAUUAUUUAAAUGUAUAGUAAUAUUAAUUUUCUUCUUUUAAUUGAAUAUUACUAUUUUCUACUAGGUUUGGGAACUCAUCUGGACAUGCCUGUUCGUCCUGCAAAAAGGAGAAGGUCUAAGAAAUCCUUAUAAUACCAGCCAAUAUUGCAUACUUGUAUUUGAGUUGGUGUGUGGAUUGUUUUGCUUCAAUAGUCACAGGUCUGCCAUAAUAAUAAAUUGAAGGGGUGCAUGAAAAAAGGCCCUAAGCGACUUUUGACCCUGGUCCCCCCUGCCCCUCCCCCUGCGCGGGCCCUGACAUAGGGCCUGUCUACAUGACAGUUGAAAUCUAACAGCUAUAUCCGUGGUUAAAUAUUGGUCACUCAUUGUGCAAUAUUUCUUUGAUAGAUAAACACUGCGGUGAAACAAAAUUCACUUCUUUGCUUGUCAACCACACCCUCCCCCUGCCCCUGCUCCUGCCCCUCAGGUGUCUAGGACUGACAGUUCCAGUUUUUUGCCCAUUAAUGUGCUUAUGGUUGAAUUAAGUGAUCUGCUCUGAAUCUUUUACUUGUAAGCCUUGGUGAAGUUGUUCACGAUAACAAAAGACGUCUUUGUUUCAUUCAGGUUUGGAUCAAAAUUUUAAUGUAAAAAUAAAUGAAUGUCUCUAUUGACUUUUUUGAUAAAUAAUGUGAAAAUGGAGAGAAAUAGACAGGUUAUGUCUCAUCCAAUCUCUUCCAUAAGUGAAUGUUGUGUCUGCAUGAAAUUUGUGCACAUACUAAGCAAGGAUCAUUAAUUUGUAUUUCCUUGAGAAAUUUAAUUACAAUUUUUUUUUUACAAAAAAUAAUUAUCAAAAGUAGGUUGAGUUUGAUCGUCCGGGUGAACGUAGUCCUGAAUAGGACUGUUGUUGUUGACAGUGACAGUCACUGUCAACAACAACAUUCCUAUUCGGGACUACGUUCACCCGGACGAUCAAACUCAACCUACUUUUGAAAUGACUCCUGGGUUCAAACCUUUCACAAAAAAUAAUUAUGUUAAUGAUUUCUUUUUGUUAUGUGUUGCAUUUUAUUGAAUUGGGUUUAAGGCUCUAGAAUCAAGAACUUAACUAGCUAGAGUUCGUUUGUAUGUUGAUAUUAUACUAAAUGAUUUAUAGGAAAGAAUUUUCAAUUUUCUGUGUGUACAUUAUGACCAUUGCACUGUUGACGUUAGCCUGACAACCAUGUUUCAGGGUAUCCUUUUAGAAUGAUGGCAAAACUGCAAGUUUUAUCAUAGUUUUAGAACAGCAAUGUGGUUGCCAUACAAACAUUAAUACACUGCAUAUGAAAGAAUGUUUAGGAAGAAUUCAAAAGUUCCAGUUGUGUGAUAUAUGUAGGGACUAUGAUCUAAAGAAUGAUUAUGUAAUUUAUCAUUGAUUCAUGAUAUUUGCUGCAGAUACUAUUUUUUUAAAAUUGAUUAAGGUACUUAAGGUAGAUAUAAAGGUCAGCAUUAUUGAGAUUUAAUACUAAACUAUAUUAUAUAUAUUUUUGGAAAUAAUCACCAAAGUAAUUUGCUUGUAAAGGGUUGAUAGUUUUCAUGAGGCGCAGUAUCAGGAAUUAAGUUUGCUUUAUUUCUUUCAAUCUUUUACUCAGAGUUACUUUACAUACAAUCAAAUAAGUAUUAUUUUAUUGUGUGACAGGAAAAAAUAUACACUAAAAGGUUGCAUAUUAAUAUUCUGCAAAGCCUAAAAAAUUAGAAGCAAGUAGAGCAUGAGAAAUGUAUAAUGAAUAAAACGGGUUGCAUUCUAGAUAAAAAUAUUAUGAGAUUUUAUGUGGUUAAUAUUGGUGUUACAACAUUAUCAAUUAUUUUUUAAAAUAAUGACUUACAAGUUGAGUUACAUUAAGAAAUAGAUCAAAGUGUUUUUUAAUAGAAUUUAGGUUUUGUUGUAUUGAUAAUUAUUUUUAUACAAACAAAGUUCUAUCCACAAUAAAAAAAACUGUUUCAUUGAUCAUCAAGACUUUCUCCAUUUCUCUUAUGCUUUUGAAUGGCAAUGUGCUAUGGGUCAUUUGAAUGGUAAUUGUGGAUAGUGAUAUUAAAAUGACAAGGUUGACGAUGAUGGUGAUGAUGAUGAUGAUGAUGAUAUUGACGAUGAUGAUGCUGAUGAUUAUGGUGAUGUUGAUGAUGGCAAUAAUGGUGAUGACAAUCUUGAGUAA